CCCCGCCUCCAUGGCUCUUGGGCUCUUCACUCAUCCCUCAGGUGUUUCCCUUGCUAAACAACCACUUCUCUCUCCUCCCUCCCCAAAGGAGUGGCAGCCCUUCUUGAAGCACACAGAAACCAGGAGAGAAUAGAAGACAAGAGAGAAGCAAAAGAGAGAAGGAAAGCCGGGCCAGAGAAACAUUUGAGUUGCUGUUGAAUCCCACCCUCCUGUGGCUGCUGUGUGGGUUUGUGGCUUUGAGCAGCACAGCUGAGCGAAAACCUUUUCAUUGCAGUCUCUUCCUGGAUCGGAGAGCUGCUUGAGACAGAAAGAAAGAAAGGGAGAAAGAAAGAAAGAAAGAAGGGGGAGGAGGAAACCGAAGCUCUGUGUGAAACUGAGAACAACGAAGAAGGGUUUGGCUUGGUGUGCUGUGGGGCCAAGCCUACCCCCAGAGGCCUUGGCACAACCUUGGAAGGUUCCCCCUUUUCACGAGCCCCAGAGGAAGCAAGAAAAAAAAGCACCAGUUUGUGCUCCGGCAUGAAGUGACAUGAAGUGAAUCAGCAGCUCAGCUCCGUGGAAAGAGAAGGAAGAGCAGAGACUGGGUCUGGGAGAUUAAAUACCCAGCAGCAUGGCUCUGGGAGAACUGGUUAUGGGUUGCCCCAUCCCUUGAGGACCUCUGGAUUCCUUGCCAUCCCAGACCUGGUAGGACGCAGCUGCAGAAGAGUCCUCUUGGCAUCCUUCCCUUUGCUCAGCAAAGAAGCACCACAAUGUCCAACAGCAUGAAGUUCAACGGAUACAUGAAGGUGCGCAUCGGGGAGGCAGUGGGGCUCCAGCCCACCCGCUGGUCACUCCGGCACUCUCUCUUCAAGAAGGGCCACCAGCUGCUGGAUCCCUACAUCACGGUGAGCGUGGACCAGGUCCGAGUGGGGCAGACCAGCACCAAGCAGAAGACCAGCAAGCCCACCUACAAUGAGGAAUUCUGUGCUCCGGUGACCGAUGGGAAACAGCUGGAGCUGGCGGUCUUCCAUGACACCCCCAUUGGCUACGACGACUUUGUGGCCAACUGCACGGUGCACUUCCAUGAGCUGCUCCACAUCACUGGCUCGGCUGAUAGCUUUGAAGGAUGGGUGGACUUGGAACCAGAUGGGAAGGUGUUUGUCUCAAUAACUCUGACAGGAAGCUUCACUGAGGGAACUCUCCAGAGGGACAGGAUUUUUAAGAAUUUCACUCGGAAACGCCAGAGGGCCAUGCGCAGGAGAGUCCACCAAGUCAACGGACACAAGUUUAUGGCCACCUAUUUGCGGCAACCUACAUACUGCUCCCACUGCCGCGAAUUUAUCUGGGGAGUGUUUGGGAAGCAGGGAUAUCAGUGCCAAGUUUGCACAUGUGUUGUACACAAGCGUUGCCAUCACCUCAUUGUCACAGCUUGCACAUGCCAGAACAAUAGCAACAAGGCAGAUACAAAGAUUUCUGAGCAGAGAUUUGGCAUCAACAUCCCACACAAGUUCCGAAUCCACAACUACAAAGUGCCCACUUUCUGUGACCACUGUGGCUCUUUGCUUUGGGGCAUCAUGCGGCAAGGUCUGCAGUGUAAAAUAUGCAAAAUAAAUGUCCAUAUACGAUGUGAAGCCAACGUUGCACCCAAUUGCGGGGUGAACGCUGCAGAACUGGCCAAGACGUUAGCAUGCAUGGGGCUGCAACCAGGAAAUAUAUCUCCAAAUGGGAAAUUGGUCUCCAAGUCAACCCUGAGGCGCCAGAAAAAAGAGAGCAUGAAGGAUCGCAAUGGUGUACCUGAGGUUUCGGCGAGCAAGCUCAAGAUUGAGGACUUAAUAUUUAUCAGAGUUCUGGGAAAAGGCAGUUUUGGAAAGGUGAUGUUGGCCAAAACAAAAGGGACAGGAUAUCUCUAUGCCAUCAAAGUGCUGAAAAAAGAUGUGAUUCUCCAGGAUGACGAUGUGGAGUGCACCCUGACCGAGAAACGGAUCCUGACCCUGGCGAGGAACCAUCCAUUUCUCACCCAGCUUUUCUGCUGCUUCCAGACACCUGAUCGCCUGUUCUUUGUCAUGGAAUUUGUAAAUGGAGGGGACCUGAUGUUCCACAUCCAAAAAUCCCGCCGCUUUGAUGAAGCCCGAGCCCGAUUUUAUGCUGCAGAGAUCAUUUCAGCCCUCAUGUUCCUUCACGACAAAGGCAUCAUUUACAGGGAUCUGAAGCUGGACAAUGUGCUUCUGGACCAUGAGGGCCACUGCAAGCUGGCCGAUUUUGGGAUGUGCAAAGAAGGCAUCCAUGAUGGAAUCACCACCGCAACCUUUUGUGGAACGCCUGAUUAUAUUGCUCCAGAGAUUUUGCAGGAGAUGCUAUACGGUCCUGAUGUUGACUGGUGGGCAAUGGGAGUCCUUCUCUAUGAAAUGCUUUGUGGCCAUGCCCCUUUUGAAGCCGAAAACGAAGACGACCUCUUCGAGGCCAUCCUCAAUGAUGAAAUUGUCUACCCUACUUGGCUCCACGGAGAUGCAGUGGCCAUCCUGAAAGCUUUUAUGACCAAGAACCCCAAAAUGCGCCUAGGCAGCAGUUCCCUUGGUGGGGAGAGAGCUAUUCUCUUGCACCCGUAUUUUAAUGAACUGGAUUGGGACUUGCUGAACCAGCGGCAGAUCGAACCCCCUUUCCGGCCUCGAAUUAAAUCCAAAGAAGACGUGAGCAACUUUGAUCCCGAGUUUUUAAAAGAAGAGCCCAUCUUAACCCCAAUCGAAGAAGGAAUUCUGUCUAUGAUCAACCAAGAGGAAUUUAGAAACUUUUCAUAUACAGACCCAGAAUUAGAGUCUUAGCCACUUCCGGGGUGGCCAGCUGGCCUCUCUCGACCCAAAACUGCAUUUUGAGAUGGCCUGGAAAUGGGUUCAACUGGGAGAGUCAACCCAGAAAGCUGUGUUGUAUUAUGGAGAGAAAGAGUGGCAUUAAUUUAAUCCUGCCUCUUGGAAUUUCUGAAGCACCGAGGACAAAUAUUUAUAGCAGGGCAACAAAUCUCCUUCGGUAAAUGAACGGUGUGGAAAGAGGAAUUAGUUUGAGCUCAUUGGCUCGGAAGGUCUGCUGGAAGUUAACGUUUGCAGCGAGUCUGGCGGGUUUCCGGAAGGAGGAUGAAGCGAACUCUGAGCCAAAUGGGUCUCAAUCCAAGGGCUGGCUUCCUCACAAGAUAUCUCUUAAAGCCACCUUCUCAAAGCAUGGUGGCCAAAGUAAUGGAUAGCCCUGCGUGGCUUGAACUGUGCCAACAGAAGAGUCCCUUUGGUGCUGUCUUGCUUAGAGGUCUAUACACUUGUUCUUCCACUUGGGCGAAUGAAUCUCUCCGAAAUAUUGUGGACUUCUGAAUAAAAAUAUGUUUUGUUGUUUAAAAGGAAAGGGGGAAAGUGCCGUACAAAGAAGAUGCAGGGAAACUGUGGAUGCCACGAGGCCAGAAGUGGGUUGUGUGGCAACUCACACAAAAUUGACACCCUAUUACCAGGGUCUUCAAACUUUUUAAGCCAAGGGCUGGUUCAUGGGUUCUCAGACUGUUGGGGGCCUGGACUAUAGUUUGAAAAA